CUGAUAGCAUUUGACCCUAUUGCUUUUAGCCUCCUGGCUUUAUAUCUGUAUAUACACAGAUAUAUGUGUAUAUUUUAUAUAAUUGUUGAUAUCAAAGAAAGUUGAUGGAAAUGAAUUUUGAAACUUCACGGUGUGCCACCCUACAGUAUUGUCCCGACCCUUACAUCCAGCGUUUCGUAGAAACCCCAGCUCAGUUCUCUUGGAAAGAAAGUUAUUACAGAUCCACCAUGUCCCAGAGCACACAGACAAGUGAAUUCCUCAGUCCAGAGGUUUUCCAACAUAUCUGGGAUUUUCUGGAACAGCCGAUAUGUUCAGUUCAGCCCAUUGACUUGAACUUUGUGGAUGAACCAUCAGAAAAUGGUGCAACAAACAAGAUUGAGAUUAGCAUGGACUGUAUCCGCAUGCAGGACUCGGACCUGAGUGACCCCAUGUGGCCGCAGUACACGAACCUGGGGCUCCUGAACAGCAUGGACCAGCAGAUUCAGAACGGCUCCUCGUCCACCAGCCCCUACAACACAGACCACGCGCAGAACAGCGUCACGGCGCCCUCGCCCUAUGCGCAGCCCAGCUCCACCUUCGACGCCCUCUCGCCGUCGCCCGCCAUCCCCUCCAACACCGACUACCCGGGCCCGCACAGCUUCGACGUGUCCUUCCAGCAGUCGAGCACCGCCAAGUCAGCCACCUGGACGUAUUCCACUGAACUGAAGAAACUGUACUGCCAAAUUGCAAAGACAUGCCCCAUCCAGAUCAAGGUGAUGACCCCACCUCCUCAGGGCGCUGUCAUCCGUGCCAUGCCCGUCUACAAGAAAGCUGAGCAUGUCACCGAGGUGGUGAAACGGUGCCCCAACCACGAGCUGAGCCGCGAAUUCAAUGAGGGUCAAAUUGCCCCUCCUAGUCAUUUGAUUCGAGUAGAAGGGAACAGCCAUGCCCAGUAUGUAGAAGACCCCAUCACAGGAAGACAGAGUGUGCUGGUGCCUUAUGAGCCACCCCAGGUUGGCACUGAAUUCACGACAGUCUUGUACAAUUUCAUGUGUAACAGCAGUUGUGUUGGAGGGAUGAAUCGCCGUCCAAUUUUAAUCAUUGUUACUCUGGAAACCAGAGAUGGGCAAGUCCUGGGCCGACGCUGCUUUGAGGCCCGGAUCUGUGCUUGCCCUGGAAGAGACAGGAAGGCAGAUGAAGACAGCAUCAGAAAGCAGCAAGUUUCAGACAGCACAAAGAACGGCGAUGGUAUGAAGCGCCCUUUUCGUCAGAACACACAUGGCAUCCAGAUGACAUCCAUCAAGAAACGAAGAUCCCCAGAUGAUGAACUUUUAUACUUACCAGUGAGGGGCCGUGAGACUUAUGAAAUGCUGUUGAAGAUCAAAGAGUCCCUGGAACUCAUGCAGUACCUUCCUCAGCACACAAUUGAAACCUAUAGGCAGCAGCAGCAGCAGCAACACCAGCACUUACUUCAGAAACAGACCUCGAUGCAGUCUCAGUCUUCAUACGGUAACAGCUCCCCACCUCUGAACAAAAUGAACAGCAUGAACAAGCUGCCUUCCGUGAGCCAGCUCAUGAACCCUCAGCAGCGCAACGCCCUCACUCCCACCACCAUCCCUGAUGGCAUGGGAGCCAACAUUCCUAUGAUGAGCACCCACAUGCCAUUGGCUGGAGACAUGAAUGGACUCAGCCCCACCCAGGCCCUCCCUCCCCCACUCUCCAUGCCGUCCACCUCCCACUGCACCCCCCCACCUCCGUACCCCACAGAUUGCAGCAUUGUCAGUUUCUUAGCGAGGUUGGGCUGUUCAUCAUGUCUGGAAUAUUUCACGACCCAGGGGCUGACCACCAUCUAUCAGAUUGAGCAUUACUCCAUGGAUGAUUUGGCAAGUCUGAAAAUCCCUGAGCAAUUCCGACAUGCCAUCUGGAAGGGCAUCCUGGACCACCGGCAGCUUCAUGACUUCUCCUCCCCUCCCCACCUCCUGCGGACCCCCAGCGGCGCCUCUACUGUCAGCGUGGGCUCCAGUGAGACCCGGGGCGAGCGUGUUAUUGACGCCGUACGCUUCACCCUCCGCCAGACCAUCUCCUUCCCACCCCGUGAUGAGUGGAACGACUUCAACUUUGACAUGGAUGCUCGUCGCAACAAGCAACAGCGCAUCAAAGAGGAGGGGGAGUGAGCCCCACUAUGUGGCCUCUUGUUAUCCUCUUCCCACCUGCCCACCUCCCUACAAGGCACUCCUGCUUAUCCUCAAAGUGUUCUCCUAGCUCUUUCCCUUCCUCUUCUCAGUCUGCUUUCUUAUGGCAAGCAGUAAGAGGCUACCUUUUACCUAACCUCUGAUCUGGCAUCUGAUUCUGAUUCUGGCUUUAAGCCUUUAAAGCUAUUGCUUGCAGGACCGAAGUUGCCAUAGCUAGGUAGAAGUGAGCAAAACAGAGGUGGGUGUCUCCUUAAGCUGCACAGAUCUCUCAUUGACUUUUAUAAAGCAUUUUCACCCUUAUAGUCUAAGACUAUAUAUAUAAAUAUAUAAAUAUACAGUAUAUAUUUUUGGGUGGGGGGCAUUGAGUAUUGUUUAAAAUGUAAUUUAAAGGAAAGGAAAUUGAAAUGCACUUAUCAACUUUUUUUUUUUUUUUUUACUUGUUUUGAAUGGCUUAUCUAUACCCCUUCUCUCAAGGGGUAUAUCAUGUGUAGUGAUAGGUACCUAGAGCUUGAUGGUACCUGUGAGUGACAAUGAUGUAAAAGUCCUUUUGUUUCUUUGGAUGCUGAAUACAUGUCACAUCAAAGCUUUGAAUAGAUCCAGUUGUAUUUACCAUUGCUUUUAGUGGGUGAGAUUGUAUAUAUGUACACGAUUCUCUGUGUUGGUGUAUUUUAUGUUACUGACAUCCCUUCUAGUGAUGGGGUUCACUUUGGGGCUGUUUAAUCCAAUUACAAGAAAAAGUUCAUGUUCACAUUAUCACACACCGAAGGAAAGAGCACAUCCUUUCUUGCUUUUGGUUGGGAAUGAGAAAUGUGGCUCAUGGCAAAAAUUCUUAAAAGGUCCAUGGCAGCCACUUCAAAAACACCUGGUAUCAGGUAUCUGGGUAUAUCAGUAACCCCCUCAAAUUUAAUAGCAGACACUUUAUCUUGUAGUAUUUAUAGGAAAACAUUUGCUGCCAUUACAGAAGCCUUAAAACUAAAUGUCACUACUAAAUUGACUAACUCAAAUACACAUUUUUCACUCUUGUUAGAAUUCAGGUUGACUCAAUUGGGAUAAAUGCCAUCUACCUAAGUCUUACAGUGAAAUUUAAUAUCUAUUAAGAAUAUUGAGGAAAACCAGGAAUUUUUCAGAAAUAUUGAGUCUCCACCAAACAGUAAUAUACUUAGCAAACCAUGAAUUGAAGUUCUUAAAAGAUCUUUCAAAACAUAGGUAAUUGUUCAUUUGGUAAAUAUUCCUUUUAAAGAUCCUCGUAUUCUAUAAAACUCUGCAUGUAGAGGCUCAUUUACCUCUCUGUCUUCUGAGUUUAAAAUAGGAAUGGUUAUUUGGAAAAUAUAAAAUUAUGAGAUCAGUUUUCCUGUGGCAUAAUUUCAUCACUGUAUCAUUUUUCUUUUUUGAUCAGUAAGAGUUUAGGUUUAUUGGAAAGUAACUGUGAGAAUUUAAUUUCCCGUCCGUCUCCCUUCUGGACUGUGCUUAGACAUAUAAAUGUCCCCACAGAUCAAGGGAUAAGCCUUUCAUGGAAGCUGUUGCUUAAACCACAUAAACAGAGAUGUCUUCAGAUUUGGGGAAAACAUGUAAAUGACAGUCUUCCCUCUAGAUAUUUCGGAAACAUACUUUGUUACCCAUAUUUUAUUUUUUCAAAGUAUAAAACAAAUAUUGUGUAUAUAUGCUAAUGAGCUCUAAAAUCUUCCCAUGCAUUCUGAUAAAAGGCUAUCAUUGCACAUAAGCUUCCAUUUUUAUUUUAAAGUGCAAAAAAAGCUAAUAUGGCUCUAAAAUGUAAUGUGUGGAUUUCAUUUGAAAAGUGUAUAUAUAUUUUGCAUGUGAAAUUGCAUAUUUUGUAUUUUGAUUAUUUUUUUUCUCUUCUUGGGAUAGUGGGUUUUUCAGAACCACAGUUGAAACCUGUUUUUUUUUUAUUUUUAUAUUUUAAUGGAAAUACCAUUUAAUAAGAUUACGAUGUUAAAUAAGAAAUAAUGCCAUAAUUGUAAGAUGGGGGGAAGGGAAAGUUUUUUUUUUUUAAGUUUUUUUUUUUUUAUUUUGUAUGUUAAAGAGACUGAGUCCUUGAUUUCAAAGUUUUAUUGUGUUUAAAUGGUAAUAAGCACUGUAAUUUCUGGAACAAGCAUGCAGCUUUGCAAACUCAUUAAGAGGAAGAAUGAAAGCUGUGUCUUGUCAAUGUUAGGAAGGCAAAUGGCUUCCUCUAAUGCCCUGUGUUUGAAUAAACCUAGGACUUCUGAGCUAUUUCAGCACUAUUCUGGUGGCACUAGGGACUCAGAAAUUCCUGUACUGUAUCUCAUGGGUUUAGCAUUACCCAAAGCUAGGCACAAUUACUGUCCUCACAUCCUGGUGGCAACACACACUCCUUGAGUAUAGGAGUAGCCAGGGUAAGGGGUGAAAGAAUAUUAAGGACAGAUACUGGGAAUGGGCUUGAUGGAGUUCUUGUUUCUUCAGCCCAAUGCAGUUAGCUGAAGAAUGGGAAGGUUUUGGUUUGGAGGUGAUUAUAAACAGGAAUGGAGAGGAGAAUUUUCUUCAUUAAACCAUUUACCUUUUGUUUUCUUGA